CGGCCGGCUGGGGCUGAGCCCGAACGGAUCCGGUUGGUCUUUCCCAGGCUCUGGGGGCGUCUCCGGCCUGUGCGGGGCCCCUUGCGGCCGGUCCGGGGAGCGGGGACCGGGGCUUUGCUGCUCCCCCGGCGGCAGGCACCGCCCCCCCGCCCCAGUCUCCCCGGCUCCCGCUGUGGAGCCCGUCAUGGCCUCGCGGCGCGGCCCCCCCGGUGCCCAGCGAGCCCAGUCCUCCCCCCGGUGAGUGUGCAGCGCUGCCCCGGCGAGCAGCCCUGGGCCCUCCCGCCUCCGUUCCCCGCGCGCCUCGCCCGGCCCCCGCAGCGGUAGCUGGGUCUUCCUGCCUUGCCCCCGCGGACUCCGGGGGUCUGCUCAGAACCACAGCGGCGCGCUCCAGGGGCAAACAUCCGCGGUUCCUGCUUCCUGCUCCUGUCAGCCGGCGCCGCUCGCUGGCGUCUGUUUCUUGUGGGUCAACAACGGACUUGUGCUCCAAAACAGGACCUAGAAUCUCAGCACCUGUCACUUUUGUAUCCCCCCUCCGGCCUCAAACAAACCUCGCAGAGAGAGAUGCAACUGCAGACUGCAGAGAUUUCCCUGACUCUUGUGGCUGCUGUUCAAGACAUGGAGAGGAGGGUUGAUUCUCAUGCUGCAUGUUUGCUGAAUCUGGAAGGGAGAACAGGGAUGACUGAGAAGAAACUAGUCAGCUGUGAGAAGACAGUGGUGGAGUUUGGAAACCAGCUGGAGAGUAAGUGGGCCGUGCUGGGAACUCUGAUCCAGGAGUAUGGGCUGCUGCAGAGGAGGCUGGAGAACAUGGAGAACCUGCUGAAGAACAGGAACUUCUGGAUCCUGAGGCUCCCCCCAGGUACUAAGGGGGAAGUUCCCAAGGUGCCAGUAACAUUUGAUGACCUCUCAGUCUAUUUCAAUGAGCAACAGUGGGGGAAUUUAGACGAAUGGCAGAAGGAGCUUUACAAGAAUGUGAUGAAAAGCAACUAUGAGAUGUUGAUGUCACUGGACUAUGCCAUUUCCAAACCUGACAUCCUAUCCCGGAUUGAACGGGGGGAGGAGCUGAGUGUCGGGGAUCAAGGAGACGCAGAGGAGAGAGAAAUUCCUACAGACCCCAGCACAGAAUCUCCAGUUUGUACACAAGAGGGUUUAUUACUUACUAAACAAGAGGAAGAGUUGUAUGUUGGGGAUCAGCAGGAUUUGGAGGGCAGAAAAGUCUCUAAAGAGCUCUACACAGACCAUGCAGUUUCCAAGUCUGACACUUUAUCCCAGACUGAGGAAGGCAAAGAGUUAUGCGUCAGGGUACUGCUGGAGUCAGAGAAUACAGAGAUGCCUGUAGACCCAUGCACUGGAUUUCAAAUUUGUGCUACUGACAUUUUAUCACUGAUUAAACAAGAGGGAGAGCCGAGUGUCUGUGAGCAGCAUGAUUCAGAGGAAAACAAAAUCCAUACAGAUCCCAGCACAGCGAAAGAUGGAAGCACAAACAAGGAUAAGCUCCCUGGAAAUCCUCUUGAAAGCAUCGUGUACGAGUCUAGUUUAUAUGGAAAACUUGGAGAAGAGUGUUUGCCAAAUCCCAAACAGAGAGUGACAUGGAAGUGUCUGUACAAUUCAAAAAUGCAGCAGGCAACUGCUACUGGGAACAGUUUGGGGGUUUCAUCUCACUGUGACAAAAAUUUAUUAAUCCAUCAGGAAGAACCCUACCCAGAAGAGAGACUGUAUACAAGUACUGAAUGUGAGAGAAACUAUACUCAAAGGGUGUAUCUUCAGAAUCACCAACAAGCCCACGCAGGAGAGAGAUUGUUUGCAUGUGCUGAAUGUGGGAAAAACUUCCAGCUGAAGAUAAGUUUGACAAAACACCAAAGGAGCCAUGGAAAAGAGAAACCCUAUGAAUGCAGCCAAUGUGAGAAGAGCUUCAUUUGCCACUCAUGGCUCAUUAGACACCAAAUGAUUCACAGUGGAGAGAGGCCAUAUAAAUGUACCGAAUGUGACAAAAGCUACAGCAGAAAGGAUUAUCUUCUAAAUCACCAACGCCGGCAUUUAGGGGAGAAACUAUUCCAGUGUAAUGUGUGUGGGAAAAGCUUUGUACUGAAAAGAAGUUUAGUUAAGCAUCAAAAAAGUCACAUGAAAGAGACCCAAUCCACUUAGCCAGUUGAGUUGUCUUAGACACCAGGUGAUUCACAUGGAGAAGCUAGAACAAUCACUUUUUGAGGGAAAAACUGAGUAGGAAAUCUAUGAUCCUCAAAAAUAGUCCUGUCACAAGUAACUUCAUCUGAAGGCUUCACAGGGACCUGGAUACACAACAGAGAGACCAGCCUGAUGUAAAAAGAGAGGAUGCAUUAGUAUUUGUUCACAGUCUACUAUGUGAGACAGAGUUAACUGAAAAUAGGUCAGAAAAUGCAUGUCCUUGUGACACACAACAGGAAAAAGGGAUAGUUGGCUCUUUACUGAGAGGAGGGACUCCUACCAUUUGAAAUUUAGAACCCGUUUCUGAACCCCUUCAGAGAAGCAGCAGAUACUUAGGAAUGGAGUUUGGGAGGUCAAAUGCACCCCUAGCUCCCAUUUAAGUCAAAGGUAGCUCUCGGUAUUCAGUACCUCUGUAAAUCAAACUUUUAACCCAUUGAAGCCAGGCAAAUGGAGCUAUCUGAAGAUUACCUGGCUGACUCUCCUUAUGAGUUGGAAACUGACCAGAGAAAGCUUACAGUAUAGAUUUCUUUUUGGACAGCCUGAGUUUUCCACCUUCCAAAUGUAAUGUUCCAUAUUACAGACAGUUGUAUAUAUGAUUUGAUGUGUGCAUUACUGAAGAUUUUUAUAUGAUGAUUGUCCUGGUUUUGAGAACACUUUUUUCUUAAUUUUCACUACAUUUGGGUUUUGUAGAAAAUGUUAUGGGGAAUCAAGUGGAUAAGCGUUUGGCUCACUGCAGCAGCUCUAGGUCAUUGGUGUCGCUACUUUUCGCUGGAAGGACAAAAAUGUACCUGAGACAGGAGCCAGCCCUCUUCAGUAACACCAGGUUCUUGAUAUAAUAAAAGAAAAUUUCUCUAAUCUUGCUUUUGAUGGCACUAUGGCCCUCUGGGGGGAAAAAACCUUUAGGGGCAGCAGGGCUGGGUAGUUAAGUUGAGCAAAAUGCCAUGAAAGCCACUGUUGUCAGUAAAUAAUACAAGUCAGCUCCUCAGCUGGUAUAACUUGUCAUAGCUCCUUUGCUAUCAGUGAAGAUGUUAAAAGUUACAGCAGCUAAGGAUCUGGCUCUGUAUUUAUAAACUCUUACUGAAGUUCGUGUGGGACAGUCUUUAGUUUUUUGUUUUUGUUUUUUUUGUUUUAAAUAAAAUUGUCAAGAAAAA